UUCAAUGUCUCGAGUAACUGUAUGUUGGCUCUAUCUGUGAGUUGUUGUGCAAAACUAAAAAUUCAGAAUUCGAAGGCAGCGAAAUCUGAUGGCGGAAAGCUGAAUCCUGAAUGCCUGAAAAUCUGUAUCACUAUAUAAUACUAUAUCCGCCGCCAACGCCGCCGCGUUGUCCGAAAGGCGAAAACACGUGUUUUCGGUGCAGAUCAACAGAAAAUGCCGUAACUUUUUUUGAUUGUUAUGUUGAUACUUUUUAUUUUAUUCCAGUGUUGAAGUUUUGAUAAUGUUAGUGCGUAUUGGUUAGAAACUAGUGAAGAUAGACUAGUAUUUUUUAAUUCAUAAAAAUACAAAAAUAUUCAACAAUGGCUACUACAGAGCUUGCAGAGCAAUUAAAAAGACUAAGAACACCCCAAACUACUUUACUCCUCCAAGAUACGCGAAAACCAAGUUUAUUGUUUGAUGUAAAGGAAGCGGCAAACCUUGAUAGGGAUACUGUUUAUAAUAUUGGUUUAAGUGGUUUGGAAGAGCUAACAAAGCUAUGUGGUAAAUUUGAUGAAUUCAAGAAAACUCUCUUUGCACCUAGUUCUAUAAGUUUAGAACGUUCUGUGCAAGAUAACAAAGUUAACAAGAAUCUUGAUACCGAAAUAGACAAAUUUUUGGUAUUGUUAUCGCCAUAUUUUUUACUCAACAUAUCACAUAAGGCAUUGGAAUGGCUUAUACACAGAUUUCAUAUUCAUCAAUUUAAUAAGGAUAACUAUUUACUACUGAUUUUACCGUACCACGAGACAAGAAUUUUUGUAAGGGCUUUACAGCUUCUAGAUUUAUCAGAUCCAGCUGAUAAAUGGCAUUGGCUUAAGCCAAUUCAAAAGACUCGUACUCCAUUACCUCCCUUGACAUUGGUGAAUCGAGUUGCUCAUGACAAUGGUUUUCUGAAGUUGAUUUGUGCUCAUGUGAUUUUUGCUACAAAAAUUUAUGGAGACAGAGCUAAUAGUUUGAAUACUCUUUACGCUUUUUUUACUACAGCACUAGUAGGAACUGUAGAAAGUUCUGCUAGUGUUACAGAUGUUCAGUUCAACCAUAUGUUGCCUGUAUUGCUCAAGGGAUUACCUAGUCAAAUACCAGAUUUUGCUAGUAGUUCGUACGUGAUAUUCGCCAAACUAAUCACUAGGAUUAAAAUUCAAGAUGAAACAAUGGACAAACUGGUAUUGAAAUCUAUCAAGAAACCAAUUUCCACCCAAGAAGUAAUGGCUUUGAUACUAUUUCUCUAUGACAAUCCAUUCAAUAGUUUAUCAGUAGUCUCUGAAAGCCUCGUGCUUAAAUUGUCAAACCGACCAUGGUUUGUUGAUACUAUGAUCAAAGUGAAGAGUCAUGGUAUAAAUAUUUCAAAAUUCGUUAUUUUACUCCUAGAAACUGCAUUUAGCUAUAUCUCAAAAAACGCAGGAUCCAGUGAAUCUGAAGAUGUGAAGGAAAUGUUGGAAGACAUUUUCAAUCGAAUACCUUUAGAAGAAGAUGAAGUUAGAUUAAUUCUUGAAAAAACAUUAGCAAAUGAUGCUGUGUCAGGAGAAAAUUCGGACAUAACAAAAGAAUACCUUGGUAGUCUUUAUCAAUCAAUUGAAAGAAAAUACCCCGACUCUUUUGAUAGGUACCUACAUGAAUUGAUGCACUUGAAAGAAGCAAAUGAAUACACUAAUAAAAUUUUGAAAUUCCUAAUGACUUGGUAUUCGAAAGCAGAAGAAUGUUUGGACAUUUUUACUGGACUCAAUCACAACAAUCCAGAACAAAGAAUCAUAGCAAUACAAAUGAUUGGAAAAAAUUUGACUAUACCAGAUAAUCUCAGAGAGUUGGUGAACAAGUCUUUGCUAACAAGAUUUAAUGAUGAUGACGACAGAGUUAUAAUGGCUUUGCUGAACUUACCAAUAAAUUUGUUGCAAAACACUUUUGCCGUGGAUACACUAGUAGAUGAAUUAAUCAUUUUAGUUUCAAGAUGCCACACUGGAGAGAAAAGAAUGUUGGCAAAGCCUGCUUUAAAAGUUUUACUAGAACUUUGUGAUGAAACUGAUGAUACAAGUGUCUUCUUAGUCAUAGUACCAUACUUAUUUCCAACUGCAGACGAAGAUGUAGAUAUAGCUAUACAGAUUUUAACAUCUGGCUUUGCCAGAAGAAAUGCUUUUCUUAAGAAGAUAGCUCAAGAAGUCGGCAAUGAAACCAAUGCCGAAUUCAUAAGAAUGGCUGCUUUUCAUAUUAUUAUGACCCCAGAAGUUUUGCCACCGGCAAUCAAUAUUUUAACUGCUAUAAAACAGCAAAUGACACAUGGAGAUGCUGCAUCAGUGUUCUUCAAUUUGGUGGUUUUAGGAUCGGUCUGUAGAGUGCCUGUUGGCUCACUUCAACUUGACAUUGCCAGACAAGUGAUAGAAACAGCAUCAGAAAUGGUGAAUAAUUUUCCAAAAGUUUUACCUCUGACUGGAGCAAAUCACUUGAAUGCUGACAACUUUCUGGAUGCCUUGAAAUACGUUUCCCAAGGGUACCUGCCAUUGCAAGCCAACACAUACGUUUUGGAAAUGGUUCAUAGGCGUUUGCAAUUGAACAUUACUUCCAAGUUCAAUUUUGAAGAAGAUCCUGAAAGAAGUGAAUUGAUGCUUAGGCUUUUAGAAAUUAUUUUCGAUGGCAUAGUUUUAGAACAAUGGAGGAGUAAUUAUUCGCAAUGGGAAUUACAUCAUCAAUGGUAUUUGAAAAUAUUCUUCAAAAGACACUUUAAGAACGAAGAGGAAGUCAUUAGAUUUUUAUCCCAGUUAUACAUAAAACCAGUUAAGCCGCAAACCUCGCUGCACUGUUUAGAAAUCUCUUUGCUUCUUUUGGACAAAUGUAAUUCUUUUCAAUGGGCUUUCAAUGACAGAGAUUUCGUGAUAAAUUUAUUACUCGCUUUGAGUUCUGAAAAUAAUGUCUGCAGAGAGGCUGCAGUGAAUAUAUUGAAGAAGUUGUCACAAACUUUCAAUAUAUCAAUGGAAGGAUUCUCCGCGCUUUUAUCCGAAUUGAUGGAUCGAAAUACUGAAAUCUCUUUAGAUCAUGACCAGUUGUCAUUAAGCUUGUACACACUACUCUCGCCAGACCCAGAUGUUACUUAUCAAUUGAAAGCGGACUUGCGAGUUAAGUUGGAAAAAACGAGGGAUUUAUUAUUUGAAGCAGUGCUGUCAAACGAAGUUCCUAUACACGUUCGUUCUCAAUUGCUCGACAUUUUAAUUCACGUUAACGGUCCAAAAAUUUUGAAAAAACUGAUACCUCUGGGCACUGAGCUUUUAAAUAAGAUCGAUGAAAGGGAUACAUUUGCUCAAAAUGCUUUGAAGAAUAUUAUACAAAGAUUCGAUAAUAGUUCAGUUGCAGCAGUGAAAGAUAAGCAUGUUUGGAGUUUCUUUAUCAAUUGCCUGUCCACUCACAAUAAACAUAUUUCAACAGAGAGUGGAAAACAAUUCAUCAACGUCAUCUUACUAAAACAAAUUGACAACAAUUUCUUCGUUAGUUUAGGUGAAAUUUCUCAAAAUCUACAAAAAGAAUUUCUGGCUAAACUCGUUGAUAUUGUAACGGAUUGUGAAAUUGACUCCAUUCUUUCAACAACGACGAGGUUAGUGAAGAAACUUCACAUUGAUGCCCAAUUGGUAGUGGAUGAGUUGAAAAUGAUGACCGAUCUAGAGGAGGAAACUAGUGAAUCAAACAGAAAUAGAGCAUCCUUACGGAAAAAGCGAAGCAUCAGCAGAAUAAGCAACCGCUACAAUCCAGAAAUCGUUCAUAGCAGAAAAUGGAAGAGAGGAAUCACGUUAUUAGAAUUUUUACAACACUCGAAUAAUAUUGAGAACGAGCAGUUACUUGUACCUGUUCUAUUUGACUUGUUAAAAUCAUCUCUCUGCUUUGAAGAACAAAGUCCGGUGGAGUAUACUAAUCAAUUGGUACUCUCCACGAUUCAUCAUUUGAUAACCAAGUCAAUUCCUGUGAAAGAUGCUGAUGCCUAUGUAGACUUGAUUUCUCAAUGCAUCAGGACUUCUCACAAUCCUCAGACGCAUCAUCACGCUUUAUUGGUGCUCGUUGAACUUUUCAAACUUGCAGACAUACAAAGAGCUCUGCAAAAUAUUAUGCCCAUAUUCACGUUUAUGGGCAAUACAGUAUUGCGACAAGAUGACGCUUAUUCUAUACAGAUUAUAUCGAAAACCAUUGAUACUGUUGUGCCAAUCAUAAAUGCUGCUAAUAACGUGAAUCACGUUUGCGAAAUUCUCAGGCUAUUUAUAACGUCUUUGCCAGACAUUCCAGAGCACAGGAGAGUUCCAUUGUUUGUCAAAUUGCUGCAACUGCUAGAUAAUCAUCUACAUUUGUACUAUUUGCUGACUUUUGAAAGUCACGUUUUAUCCAAGAACGUCGAGCCUUCAUCUUCAUCUGAACUUUCUUCAGAGAGAUUACGAUUCGCUUUAUCGAUAUCCAAUAAGUUUCCAGUGAAGAAAGUUAUUGAAGUUUGCGUCAAAUUUGUAGGGUUCUUGAAAGAACUGCCAGUUGACAUAGAUGAAAAUCAAAAGCACAACAUCAAAUUCAAGAGCAAUCACAUCUUUGAUGUCGCAAAUAAUUCGCCAAAGCAACUGAGGCAUUACAAAUUCACGAUAGUUCGAUUCCUCGUAUCGCUUCUAUCUGGUUCUGAUUUCAUCAACCGAGUUGCUGAGCUGGACGAAAACGAUGUCGAGAUUUUGAGACCAAUCUACGAUCAGUUGAUCGUAGAGCUUGUAAUAUACAUUCAAAAUACUUCAAGAAACGCCGAUCUGCAUCAAGGAAAGCCAAAUGGAAAAUAUUGGAAAGUCAUGCUUCACGGUCUCUACGACAUCUUGGAUCUUGUAAACAACUUGUUACCGAAUCAAAUCUUCAUAGCCAGUGCAGCACGAUUAAUAGAUCACGACUCGCUUACCGUAAGGAGGAAAGCUUUGGAACUAUUGAAUGCAAGACUCGCACAGAAAAAAUUCACGGACGAAGACCAUGAAGAUUUGUUAGGCCUAAUUGAACCGAUAACGAGUGUUCUAAGUGGACCUCAUAAGUUCGUCAAUCCAGAAGUAGAAGUUAUUCAACAGACCGCGUUGAUCACUUUGAAACUGCUAGCUAAGGUCUUGGCUUCCAAACGCCCCGACGUUUUCAAACCAAUACUUGAUUUAGCCACCGAACUAGUAAAAAAACGAGAAGGCGCUGUCCUGGGUAGCGCAGCCCUCUGCGUUGCUGAAUUAUGCAGUUCUAUGAGAGUACAUGCAAUCCAAAGUUUGAAUAAAUUUGUACCAGCUAUUAUCCGUCUUUUGGAAAAGCAUUGCCACCAAGAAAUUCCAGACAUACUUACCAUUAGUAUAGUUAGUGCCUUGCAAAAGAUUGUCGAAUCAGUGGGCAACUUUUUAUCGCUUUAUCUCGAUCAGUUAUUGUAUGAACUAUCAAGAUUGAACUUCCUGUACACCGAUUCAGAGCAUCCAAAGAUUGGACUCGUCGUGUCUCGAUUAAAAGCCACGACCCAAAAAUUAUCGAGCUGCAUACCGCUACGAGUGCUGUUACCGGCUAUAAAUAAGACAUACGACACUUUGUUGACUAACAAAUCUUACCAAUGUAUUCCUCCAUUAAUGAACAUUAUUGCCGAAUCGUUCGGAAGUGUUCAAUCGUCAGCUCUCAGCAGUGCAAUUCCAGAUCUGGCAACUUUCUUCUUAAAAGUUCUUCAAUUCCGCGAAGAAGUGACGGUGUCGAAGGGCGAGAUGGAAGUUGACGGAGAAGCUACCAUGAACGAUGUAACGAACGUCGAGGAAAGCGCAAGCAAAGCACUGGUUGCUCUUGUUUUGAAACUGAGUGAAGCUACUUUCCGACCUUUGUAUUAUAGGCUUUAUGACUGGGCAGCGAGAAACCCACAGCACAAGCAACGAAACAUAACGUUCUACAGAUUAUCAGCGAAUAUAGCGGAGUGUCUUAAAUCAUUGUUCGUUCUGUUUGCUGGACACUUUUUGAAGCACGCAGCGUCACUGCUAACUGGAAAUAAUAUGAUUAAUGCAAACGAAGAGACACUCGAAAUCACGCUAGAAGACGAAGCCAGUAAAAUUGAAUUGAUCGAAGAAAUCUUACUCACGUUACUGAGAGUUUUCACGUAUGACGCACACGAUUUCGUUAAUCAAGAGAGAUUCGAAACAUUGAUGCAGCCAAUCGUGGACCAACUCGAAAAUACAAUCGGUACCAAAGUAGAAUAUGAAAAAAGAGCGAAGAAUUUCAUCGUUCCUUGUAUCGCGUCUUUCGCCGGAGCGAUUCCAGACGACUCACUGCAUAAACAAUUAGUUUAUCAAGUUCUCUUGAAAACAAGGCAUACCAAGCCUUACGUUAGAAACGCGGCACUGGAUUCACUGGUGGAGAUUGCGCGAAAACUCGGAGAAGACUUCAUGCCUUUGCUGCCGGAAACUGUUCCGUUCCUCGCGGAAUUGCUGGAAGACGAGGACUUGGUGACGGAGAAGAAUGCCCAGAACGCCGUUCGAACUCUAGAGGAUAUUUUGGGCGAACCGCUGCAGAAAUAUUUCUAAGAAUUGUUGAAUUAAAUCAGCGUUGUACAUACUUACAUAAUUUAACAUGACAUUGCUUUUGAUAUCAUUAUAGAAAAAGACAAUGAUUAAAGAACACGAUGGAGUUUAUGAAAA